CUUCCUCGUGAGCUGAUUAUUUUGGGUGGUGGCUUUAACAAGAUAUCCGAUCGGCAACCGUCACAUUCAUCACUGAAGCUGCACAAUGUCCGAAAAUGAACAAAAUUCUACGUCUAAAAACCUCGAUUCCGCUGGUAGUGAACUCACUUUCUCGACAGCAGUGGUUAUCGCUCUCCUAUCAGUCCCAGCAGUAGCGGGAAAUGCGUUGAUUUUAGCCACAAUCUGGCGGAGGACUUUUCUUAGAACAUCAUUCCAUUCUCUUCUUAGCGGAUUAGCAGUCACUGACUUUCUAACAGGACUUAUUUCCCAGCCUUUGUACGCUUCGUCCCACUUGAUAAAUGGACAAAACGCGGCAGUAAAACCAGAUAAUCCAGAGGUAGUAAAUGUCCUUGGAAUAAUCGCUGGAUUUAGCACCUACCUCUUUAUCAACAUCACUCUUGCUACUAUGACAGUAAUGUCCAUUGAGCGAUGGUUGCAUAUGUCUAGGAGAUCUUCUACAACAUCCCAUCGCCGAUAUUACGCUGCUAUGGUGAGGUGAAAGAAAGCUCUAUAGACCUGUCAAUGGUGCUCGUAUUUCUGUCUUCGUCGCUCAACCCAGGGUUGUACCUU